AUGGUGAGCCAGAGGGGGCCGGGCAGGGAGGAGCGAAGUAAGCCUGGGCUCCAUUCUGCCCAUUGGUCCAGACAGCAGAAAUGCCUGGUUGUGUCCUGGGACAGAACUAGAGGCUGUCCCGGUUUUCCUUGGAGAAAACUCACUUUCUCACCCACCAGGCCACUGGCCUAGCCUGAAGGUAUGACCAGCUCUGCACUCAUCCCUGCUGUCUUCCCCUCGGACCUAUCUGAGGGCCCUGGUCUGAGGCUGGCCCCAUCAGCCCUGGGAGAGGUGGGGAGGAUUCUGCCAGUGCUACAGACUCCCCUCCCCCACGUAACCCAGCAACACUCACUGGCUUCUGGGCGGCCACUGUGUCCCUGGUAA